AUAGAAAUGACAUUAACACUCAAAACCUCAAAACUUUAGAAAUCACAAAAAGUGGUGUUUAUUUUUUACUUUUUUUACAAAAACAGGCACAAUGACAGAAGGCAAGUGCACGUUCGGCACGCGGAUGCCCAUUGACAUCCACAUGCUGAAUGAGAUCAUCUACAGAGAGGUGAAGAACUUCAGGAACUACAAGAUUUACAGGCCUAACUUUGGAUCAAUCCCGGUAACUGGCAAGUUCUACGCGUACCAUGAUCAGAUGACAGCUGAGAGUGAGGAGCUAUCGGAGAAGGUGGCUGAUUACCACAAGAACGUCGCGCAGACCAGAGCCAUGGGGCCCCGCAGCAAGUAUGAUGCGCCGGCUACUGAGAACCAAGUUUACGGCUGGUACGACCCACUAAUUCCUCUAGACCGCAGCGACAACCGAUUCUACUAUCCCCAGCAAGAAAGCAAGCAAACCAAGAUUGAAAUCGUUAUACUUAUGUCUAACCCUAAGAAUAAGAAGAACGAAUGAAUGAAUGAAUAAUGAAGAAA